UUCCCAGCCGAUUGGUGGAACCACAGGUUCCAUCACUAAUUUGACAAAAAAAAAUUACACAAAAAAACAUACAUUUUUGAUACUGAAUUUUCCCAGCUUUUCCGCCCGGCCACGUUGAUUUUCCACCCACCCAUCAAGAUUUCCUCCCAACAGCGUCUGCUCGAGUGCUUCAGGAUGACUUUGGUGGGCCUAGCAGCCCGCAAAUUGGCGCAGAAGAAGAGAUCGGCGAAGCUGGCAGCCGACUUUCCCAACGGCAUCCGGUGCCAGAAGUGCCUGCAGAUCGGCCACUGGAGCUACGAGUGCAAGGAGAAGCGGAAGUUCGUCCACCGCAGCUCGCGCACCAAGCAGCUGAGCAAGCAUUUGGCCCAAAAGGAGGCGGAGGCGCCCAAGAACGAGGUGGCGGAGCAGCUGGAGGCGGCGCCAGCGGGCGGCAAGAGGGGGCGUCGCAAGCGGAAGCCCAGCAGGAGCUCCUCCUCCUCCUCCUCGUCGUCGGACAGCUCGGACAGUAGCAGUGAAUCGGAUUCCUCAUCCGGUUCGGACUCCAGCAGCUCUAGUUCAGACUCGGACGACGAGGAGGGCAGCUCCUCGGGCUCCAGCGGCAGUGGCUCCUCCUCCUCCUCCGACAGCAGCGAGGAUCAGAAGCAGGGAGCGCCCCAGAGAAAGAAAAAGCGGGCAGAGAGCUCAGCGGAAUCCUCCGACGAUCAGGAGUGAUCGGAGGACCAGAUUCCUGGCGCAUAGCUUUAGUAGUUUAGUUUUCCCCCUCCACCAUCGCCCAAGAUGUGGAUUUUUAAACCGAAUAUGAACUUGCUAUUUGUACUGUACUGUAUUUAUUAUUUAAGUCCCCUGAAUGUACGUGGUCUGGCGAAGAUCCGGCCUAGAUGAUGUGUCCCCAAUAAAAGUUUUAGUCCGAAUC